CUCAAAGACGUGGUGAGCCGUAGAAAAGCCAUGCUGGUGCCCCGGGGCAGCUGGCUCUUCCCCACCUGUGUGCUCUGUACUUACGGCUUCUUCGCCAAUCUCCGGCCGUCCGAACCCUUCCUCACCCCUUACCUGCUGGGGCCGGACAAGAACCUCAGUGAGAGGCAGGUUUUUAAUGAAAUUUACCCUGUCUGGACAUAUUCUUACCUGGUCCUGCUGUUUCCUGUGUUUCUUGCCACGGACUAUCUGUGUUAUAAGCCGGUGAUCAUCGUGCAAGCUUUAAGCCUGAUAAUUACAUGGUUUAUGCUUUUGUAUGCUCAGGGUACAUUGGCUGUCCAAUUCCUUGAAUUUUUUUAUGGCAUGUCCACUGCAACAGAGGUAGCUUAUUACUCCUACAUUUACAGCAUGGUCGACCCUGACAUGUACCAAAAAGUAACCAGCUAUUGCCGUACUGCCACGUUAACUGGUUUCACUGUUGGCUCUGUUACAGGCCAGGUUCUGGUGUCUGUGGCCAACUGGUCCUUAUUCAGUUUGAAUAUAAUUUCUCUCAUCAGUGUCUCUGUUGCUUUUGCUGCCUCGUGGUUUUUACCUAUGCCAAUGAAAAGUCUUUUCUUCCACCAAAACUUAAAUGGUCGUGACAAAAUGAGUGCGGAUCUGGAAAAAGACUGUUCAAAUAAUGGCGGAUUGGCACAAGCAGCUGCAUUAGAAGAGAUUGAAGCUCAGAUUCCCUUGAACAACGAGAAGCAUAAAGCUGAUACACAGUAUUCCAAAGCAAAGAGUUUAGCCUUAAAUAAUGUGCUAAGAACACUAUGGAAGGACUUUCUGCACUGCUACUCAUCACGCACACUCCUCUGCUGGUCGGUUUGGUGGGCCUUGUCAACAUGCGGAUACUUUCAAGUGAUAAAUUAUUCUCAGGGAUUGUGGGAGAAGGUUGCACCCUCUUCCCAUUCAGAUAUCUACAACGGCAGUGUGGAAGCAGUUUCUACUCUCCUGGGUGCUGUGACCGUUUUUGUGAUUGGGUACAUUAAAAUUUCCUGGUCUACCUGGGGAGAGCUGCUGUUGGCUCUGUUUUCUCUGGUUAUCGCAAUCACAGUGUACAUCAUGGACAUUAUUGGUAACAUUUGGGUUUGCUACGCCAUGUAUGUCCUCUUCAGAACUAUCUACGUGAUUCUCAUCACAAUAGCGACAUUUCAGAUUGCAGCUAAUUUAAACAUGGAGUGUUAUGCUCUUGUGUUUGGAGUUAACACUUUUAUUGCCUUAGCUCUACAAACACUGAUGACUGUCAUAGUUGUGGAUGCCAGUGGCCUUGGUUUAGAUAUAUUUACUCAAUUCAAGAUCUAUGCUGGGUAUUUUGCCAUCAUUUCCUUUAUAUUUUUGGUCAGUGGACUCUUUCAUGUAGUGAAAAACUGUCAGCGAAAGCGAGGCACACCGGAGUCCGUGGAGACUUGAGAUUCCCUCUGAAGACAAGUGUUUCACUUAAGACGGCUGUAGACCGUUGAUACUGAAGCAGAGAUCUAAGUGGAAUGAUCUGGCCGACACCAAACCAUACAUUAAUGCAAUGUGUAUGUCACCCAUGCAAAGGC